UGGGCCAAGCAGCCAAUCUGCAGGCGCAUAGGAGAUCUGGAGAGACCCCAGCUGUUUAAGGAUGGAAACAUCAUGUUGGGGGGUAUCUUUUCCCUACAUAGCAGCUGGAAAGACCGUCAAGAUAGCUACGAGCACAAACCGCCACUAUUGGAGUGCACCAGUUUAAAUUUUAGAGGGUUCCAGUUUGCCCAGGCUAUGAUCUUUGCCAUCGAGGAGAUCAAUAACCGCACCGACCUGUUGCCUGGCCUUUCUCUUGGAUACAAAAUCUAUGAUUCUUGUGGCUCCAUUGCCAGAGGGGUGAGAGUCGCACUUGCUUUGACAAGUGGGGAUGUAGAUGGCCCUAUGGAACAGUCUUGCACCCGCCCAGCCCAAGUGCAGGCCAUUGUGGGAGAGACAUCUUCCUCUCCGUGCAUGGCUAUAGCUACUGUCAUUGGACCGUUUCACAUCCCUUUGAUCAGCCACUUUGCCACUUGUGCUUGUCUUAGUGAUAAAGUCAAAUACCCAUCUUUCCUCAGAACAAUACCCAGUGAUUAUUACCAGAGUAGAGCUCUAGCACAGCUGGUCCAGUACUUUGGGUGGACCUGGGUGGGAGCUAUCAGAACCAAUGAUGAUUAUGGCAAUAACGGAAUGGUCAUUUUCACAGAGACUGCCCGACAGCUUGGUAUUUGUCUGGAGUACUCAGUUGCUUUCUUUAGGACAGAUCCACCAGACAAAAUACAAAAGAUAAUUGAUGUUAUUAAGGAUUCCACAUCAAAAGUGAUUGUUACCUUCCUCUCCCACAUGGACAUGGAUGUGUUAAUACAUCAACUGUCUCAUCAUAACUUGACUGGCUAUCAAUGGGUUGGCACAGAGUCUUGGAUUUUUGAUUCUCAAACCGCAGCUAUGGAUAAAAAACACAUCCUAGAUGGAGCCAUCGGGCUAGCCAUCCCCAAAGCACACGUCAGCGGCAUGAGGGAGUUCAUGUUGGACGUGAAACGCCUGAAUUCAUCGGGUGAUGACAUGUUCAGGCAAUUCUGGGAGACGUUAUUCAACUGUUAUUUUGAUAAGACAAAAUCAUCAGCUGGGAUUCAGUGCAGUGGCUUUGAAGACCUCAGCAAUGUUCAAAACAGCUUCACUGAUAUGUCACUAAUGCCAAUCUUUAACAAUGUCUAUAAAGCUGUGUAUGCUGUGGCCCAUGUGCUUCAUGACAUUCUGGAAUGUAACGCAAUAUGUAAUACAAAAGUGAAGCUAAACCCACUUGCAAUUUUACAGCACAUGAAGAAAAUUCGAUUCAGAACUAAAGAAGGAGAUGAGGUCCACUUCAAUGAGAAUGGGGAUCCAACAGCCAAAUAUGAAAUUACUAACUGGCAGCCAAGAGUAAAUGGGGCAGUCAAAUUUGUCACAGUUGGUUUCUAUGACGCUGCUGCGGAUAUCCAGCUGAAACUACAUGAUAGGUCCCUGAUUUGGGCACAGAACUCACAGAAGGUCCCUGUGUCGGUUUGCAGCAAGAAAUGUCACCCGGGGACACGCAAGGUUCUGCAGAAAGGAAAGCCAGUCUGUUGCUAUGACUGUGUCAGGUGUGCUGAGGGGGAAAUAAGUAACAUCACAGAUUCUGUCACAUGUAUACGAUGCCACCCAGAGUUCUGGUCAAAUGAGAAGAGAGACGCCUGCACAAAAAAGCAAGCAGAGUUCUUGUCGUACCAGGAAGUCAUGGGAACUCUGCUCACCGUGACGUCUUUAUCUGGCUGUUGUUUGACUGUCAUUGUAGCUUGUGUUUUCUUUAAAUACAGGAAAACUCCCAUUGUCAGGAGCAACAACUCAGAACUGAGUUUCCUACUGCUCCUGUCUUUAACCUUGUGCUUUCUUUGCUCGUUGACCUUCAUUGGCCGGCCCACCCAGUGGUCCUGCCUGCUACGACACACAGCGUUCGGUAUCACUUUUGUGCUCUGCAUCUCUUGCGUACUGGGGAAAACUGUCGUAGUGCUGAUGGCCUUCAGUUCCACAAUUCCUCACGGUCAUGUAAUGAAGUGGUUUGGGCCUCUUCAGCAAAGAUUCAGUGUACUGGUUUUCACUCUCAUCCAGGUUAUCAUAUGUAUCAUCUGGCUUGUAAUUGCUCCACCAUUUCCUUUCAAAAAUUUCAAAGAGUUUAAAGAUAAAAUAAUCUUAGAGUGUGCUGUGGGUUCAACUGUUGGCUUCUGGGCUGUGCUAGGUUACAUAGGAAUCUUAGCUAUGUUGUGUUUCAUUCUGGCAUUUUUGGCCCGCAAGCUGCCUGAUAACUUUAAUGAAGCCAAAUUGAUCACUUUCAGCAUGCUGAUAUUUUGUGCAGUGUGGAUCACUUUUAUCCCAGCUUAUGUCAGCUCCCCGGGCAAGUUCAGUGUUGCCGUAGAGAUAUUUGCAAUACUGGCGUCCAGUUUUGGACUGCUCAUUUGCAUAUUUGUUCCUAAAUGUUACAUCUUACUAAUGCAACCAGAGAAGAAUACAAAGAAGAGUGUCAGGAGUAAUAGGACAGUAAAAUCCUUGUGA